AUGAGAGUGUGUCUUGUGGAUCAGGCCUCGUGUGGCUGCUGUCUGAUGCAGAAGAAGAUGCAGAGGAUGGAGUCGUUCUUCAACAUGACCGUCGAGGAGUUGAGCGAGAAGCUGACGAAGUCGAAGACGGCCCUCAACGACAUGAGAGCCAGCCGCAGCGCCUUCUCCGUCGCUCUCAACCACAGCGAAAACUACGGCUGCUUCGGCCCGUUCGCCGCCGCCGAGCUCAUCCCGUACCGGCACGUCUUCCUCAACCUGGGCGACGGCUACAGCGCGGACACCGGUACCUUCACCGCCCCGCGCUCCGGCGUCUACAGCCUCGCCGUCACCGCCUACUCCAACGGUUCUCCCGCCGGCGGGGCCGCCGCCGCCGCCACCACCACCACGGGGGGCACCGCCGCCAAUCUGCUGGUGAACGGCCAGGUGGUGGCGUCGCUGCAGGAGGCCGACAGCCCGGACCGCGAGGACAGCGCCACCGUCGUCGUGGCGGUGAAGCUGAAGGCCGGGGACGCGGUGGCCGUCAGCCUGCCCGAAGGAUACCUCGUGUGCGAUGACAGGAGCUACUUCAACACUUUCACGGGCUUCCUGCUGUAUCCCUGCGAAGUUCUCAACGUGUAG